AGGUUUGGUGGGCCCCAGCUCCGCCCGCGGGUGACAGUGCGAUGACAUGGGGUAGCCUUGGACCGGCGAGCGGUGACCCAAGAGCGGAUACUUGCUAUGGACAGUGCUAUUACUUUGUGGCAGUUCCUUCUCCAGCUCCUUCAGGAGCCACAUCACAACCAACUGAUCUGCUGGACGUCGAAUGAUGGAGAGUUCAAACUUCUGCAAGCUGAAGAAGUGGCCAGAUUAUGGGGAGUCCGCAAAAACAAGCCCAGCAUGAACUACGACAAGCUAAGCCGAGCACUUCGCUAUUACUAUGUAAAAAAUAUAAUCAAGAAGGUAAAUGGACAAAAGUUUGUAUAUAAGUUUGUCUCUUAUCCUGACAUUCUCACUAUGGACCCACUUACUUUGGCUCGUGGAGAAGGUGAGACUGAGUGUCGUCCUCCUGAUACUGUUGCCUGCCUGAACCGAGACAAGGAGAACUAUGGCAAGGAGAGAAUUCCAGUGCCUCCCGCAAAAUCCUCUGGACGCAAUGACUACAUUCACUCUGGUCUUUAUACCUCUUUUACUCUUAACUCAUUGAACACAGCUGGAGUAAAGCUCUUUAAAGCUACACAAGUGGAAAAUCUCAGUGAGAAGAAAAGUGUUCAGGAAUCUCCUUUAUCUGUGAUAAAAUUUGUGACAACACCAACCAAGAAUCCUGAGCCACCACCUCAGUUUCAGUCUCUCCCACCUCCACCUCCUGACCCCCAUGAGAAACCAGCAGAGCCUCUACCAGAAAUUCCUGUAAAAUCCACGAUAUCACCCCUUGUCUCUUCAGUUUCCGAGCCCACAGAUUCAACAUCACCAGCAGUAGAAAUUGAGGUUAAUGCUCAACUGGAAUCUGAAACUUCUCAAUCUCUGGAUUUUUCGCAUGAUGUUUCCAUUGAUGAUCCAGAUCCAGAACCUGAACAGGAACUUGAGCAGGAAACCUAUGUACUCGAUGUAAAAAGCACCUCAAAGUCAAAAAAGCCAAAGGGGCUUGAGUUGGCUCCCACUGUGGUUAUCACCACAAGUGAUUCCAACCCUCUGGGAAUCCUUAGCCCUUCACUGGGGACAGCUUCUCUAACACCUGCAUUUUUUUCCCAGACUCCUAUUCUGCUGACCCCUAGCCCCUUGUUGUCCAGCAUACACUUCUGGAGCACACUGAGUCCAGUGGCCCCUCAUAGCCCUGCCAGAUUACAUGGAGCAAGCACUCUGUUUCAGUUUCCAUCUGUGUAUAACAGCCACAUGCCGUUCACCUUAUCAAGUUUCGACAGCCCAACCACACCUGGACCUUUUUCUCCUGAUCUUCAGAAGUCCUAGCAGAAACCUUGUAAUAUCAGAGCAAACAUGAAAAAACAUGUAGGGUGGGAUGUACUAGAAAAAGAAAAAGUUAUAUAUUCAUAAAGUAGUAAAUAUCAGUUGCCACAAGUAGAAAAAGAAUCGUACUGAAUUUAGGGACACCAUGUUGCUGAAAAUGUUAUCGAGAUCAAUUGCACUUGGAAAAAAAGUCAACUAUGAAUCAGGUGACAACACAAAGUCAGUAGGAGCCUACUGCCUUGUUGUCCUGACUAGUUUUUAAUUUCUUCAUCAGAUCAGUUACUUUUGGUUAAAUAAUAAAACUCCUUAGCUGUUUUUUGCCUUUUAAUAAACCUGUUUACCAGGAGAAGGAUGCAGUUUGGAACAAGUUGGAACCUUUGAAGAAUUGAAACACCUCAAGCAUAAUUCAAGGAUCAGUCAAGGUCCAUUUUGACUCAGGUGGAGGUACUGUUCAAUUUUCAUUUUUUUUAAGAGAAUCUAAAGCACUUAAACAUAUACUGUAAUAGGCCAAAGGGAAACAGUGGACUUAUGCUAUACUCAAGAGCCAUGUCAGCCAUGUUUGUACUGCCACCUAAAAUCCUAGUAAUGUUGCCCAGCUGGCUAUGAUCUAACUUAACUGUAGCCACAAAACAGGCAUCUAGUGCAAUUCUUAAUAGUGCAGUAUCUCCAAGUCCGGAAUUAUUUUAUUGUAUAUACAAAAAUAUAUAUGGUUAAAUAAAAUCAUACAUUUUGUCAUUAGAUGGUUUAAGAAAAACUCUUAAAUGGCUCUCACAUAAACCAACUGUUACAUUCAAUA